GACUGUUGCGAGAACGUCCCAAAACAAAACAAAUCAUUGAUUGUUAUAUGUGCGUGUCCUAUGUGCAAUGGUGAAUUCAUUUGUAGCUUGUAAGAAAUCGAGUUACGCGACCUAUGCUAUUUUUGUCCUGUUCUAUAAAUGAUUCAUGGGUAUUAUGUUUCAAACAGAAGUGUUUAAAAUAUGAUCGAAGUGAGAAACAGACCGUAGCGAUAAUUCACGGGCAUCUUAAUAGAGCGAAACCACACCACUUGACAACAUCCAGAGAGAAAGACGACAAUGGCAAAACGUACACCAAACAAUGUCCUUAUCAAGACGAAGGAGAUGCAUACGGGCGGAGAACCCUUAAGGAUAGUCGAGGCUGGAUUUCCUGCUCCUAAGGGCGACACCAUAUUGGAUAAGAUUCGCUACACCCGGGAACAUCUCGACCCUUACAGGAAAUUACUGAUGAGCGAACCUCGCGGCCAUCGUGACAUGUUUGGCGCGUUGUUGGUAGAGCCGGAUGACAAGGACGCCGACCUGGCCACAAUGUUUAUACAUAACGCGGGCUAUAGUACGAUGUGUGGACACGCAGUUAUCGCCCUUGGACGAUAUGCCGUAGAUUCGGGAUUAGUCCGGAACCCUUCCAGUCCGGAGACCCGCGUGGCGAUCCAGUGUCCAUGCGGACUGGUGGAGGCGUUCGUGGAGUAUAAAGGUGGAAAGACCGGAAACGUCCGAUUCAACAGUGUCCCGGCUUUUGUCUUCGCAACAAGUAAAACUGGCUAGGUUAUUUCUUUAAAAUAAGCGUUCAAAAUACACACAAGAUAUUAGAACAUUUCAAUUCAAAUUGGUAGUCAGAUAGAGCAUGGUCAAAAUUUGACAUUAAACUUCUUUUCUUGCA